AUGGAAAAAACAAAGCUUAAGAUCAUUCUCCUCGGCGAUAGCGGGGUAGGCAAAACAUCACUGUUGAAGCGAUACAAUGACAAGGAUUUUAAGCAGCUACAUAAUUCUACAAUAUAUGUAGAUUUAGUCACCAAGGAGAUUUGUAUCGCAGAAAGACAAGUCAUUUUACAAAUUUGGGAUACUGCUGGACAAGAAAGAUUUAAAAGUUUACCAUCACGAUUCUACCGAGACACAGAUUGUUGUGUUCUCGUCUAUGACGUGAAUACUCUUAAAACCUUUGAAUCUAUCGACAACUGGCACGACGAGUUUAUCAAACAGGCAAAUCCUGAGACACCUACCAAGUUUCCUUUUGUUUUGAUGGGCAACAAAACUGAUGUAAACAAUGGAAAACCCCGAGUUGUUGCAAAGGAGAUAGCUGACCAAUGGUGUGGAUCAAAGGGGAAUAUAGUAUACUUUGAGACUUCAGCAAAGGCAAAAAUCAAUGUUGAAGAAGCUUUUCUGGAGAUAGCCAAAAAGGCUCUCACAAAUGAGCGUCAAAUUGAUGAUAUGGAAAGAUAUAGAAGCGUCGUUCCAACAAUAGAGAAGGAAACGCCGCGAAGCCGUUGUUCAUGCUGA